UUUCAAGAUUCAAGAAACUCCCGCCAAAAAAACUCUAUCUUCUCUCUUUAGCCAUGGAGGAACUUCGUCUUCGAUCGAUUUUGUUCUUCGUCGUCCUCUUAGUCCCAGUCGUCACCGUCGCCAGAAUCACAGAAGAAGAGCUCGAGACCGCCAUUGACGCCCUUCGAUCGAAGGGCUAUGGUCUCUUCGGCAACGCCAUCGUAACCUCCGAUCUUCAGUACGAGCUCCUCGACCACGGCGAUUCCUUUACCUUCUUCGCUCCCACCGACUCGUCCCUCUACUAUCUCGAUCUGGCGUCUCAGGCUUCGAAAUACAUCCAGACCUUCCACGUAUCCCCUCAUCGUCUCACUAUCUCCGAUCUUCGCAUUGUCGCUACGUCUCAGGUGCCUUACCUCGAUAGUCUGAUUUCUAAUCAUACUCUCUUUAUCGCCAUUAAUCACACCGCAGAGACCAGUUUCUCAAACCCCCUGAGAGUCGACGGCGUUCAUAUCUCUAUUCUCGACCUAUAGGUAGGUCCCAGAAUCGCAGUACAUGGACUCGAUGGAAUUCUGGCCAUCAGAUUUCAG